CUCAAAACACCACCACCUUCAACAUGGCUUCACGUUACGAACUCGAAGCUAAGCUAACAUCGGCUCGCACUCUCAAAAACGUGAACUGGCGCCACGGCGAGAACAGGCCAUACGCCGUCGUUUGGGUGGACCCCACCAACAAGUUCUCAACACGAGUCGAUGAAGACGGCGACACCGAAGCCAACUGGGACCAGACCCUCCUCAUUCCUUUACCCCCCGAACCCCUUCAGGACCUCACGUUUUACAUCGACGUGGUCCACGCCGGCUCCGAAGAAGCCACCAAGCCGAUCAUCGGCUCAGCUCGGCUCAGGCUAGUGGACGUUCUCGACGAAGUUGGUAUCGGCGACCGCGCCAGCCGUGCUCUCACGCUGAAGCGUCCCUCAGGAAGACCACAAGGAAAGGUUGACGUUAAGGUCACCAUCAGGGAGUGUGGCUACCGUUCGCAGGGUGGGUACUACGCUCCUCCUUAUGGUGUUCCCCCGCAAACGGCGUCGUCGAGGGAUUAUUCUCCCGCGCCGCAGCCUUAUGGGUACCCAUACGGCGCCCCGGGCAAGGAUUCUUAUUAUUCUGGGGGUCCUCCUACGGGAUAUCCUUAUAAUGCACCGCCUCAAACGGCGUCGUAUGGGCAAGGGUAUUCCCAGCAGACUUCGUCGUAUGGAGAGGGGUAUUCUCAGCAAACGGCGUCGUACGGGUAUGCCCCUGUGGAGGAGAAAAAGAAAAGUAAGUUUGGGGGGAUGGGGACAGGAUUGGCUGUGGGCGCGGUUGCUGGAGUUCUAGGUGGAAUCGCACUUGUUGAAGGUGCCGAGUAUGUUGAAGACAAGAUUGCUGAUGACGCCGCAGAGAAGGUUGAGGAUGAUAUUGGUUAUGACGAAGAUUUCUAAAAAUCCAGUACUAAGAAAUUUGGUGUUUUUCAAUUUUCAGCCAAACCAAUUAAAAAAAAAAGAAAAAAGAAAAAAGAAAAAAUUAUCUUUGAUGCUUUUCCUUUUUUUCUUUUAAUUUAUGUUUUGCCAACUUUUUGUCAUUGAUGGCGGUAAAAUGCAUGUACACCUUGCAUAUGCUCUUUUUCUUUUAAUAUGCCUUCACUUAGCGUGUUUACUAAGAUUAUUAUAGAAAAAAGUAUA